AUGCCGAGGGGCUUCUUGGUGAAGCGAACUAAACGGACGGGCGGCUCUUACCGAGUGCGCCUAGCUGAGCGGGUCUUCCCUUUGCGGGAUCCCCAGGUGGCGCCGCCCUUCUCCGACGAGGUGCCCAGCGCCUCCUUGCCCGGUACAGAGCGGGCAGCGCUCCUCACCCAGGAAGAUCCUGGAAAGGGGCUGACGGCGGAGGCGUCCCAGGAGCUGUCGGGGUCACCCUGUCGGGCGGCUGGGGUGAGCCUGGGGGCGGUCGGGCGGGAAGGCGCUGAGUGGAGGGUCAAUGACAGGGAGGGCCCCGGGCCCAGCCCUGCGAAGCCGGCGGGCACGGAGCUGCGCCGUGCGUUCCUGGAGCGCUGCCUCAGCUCACCGGUCUCCGCCGAGUCCUUCCCCGGGGGCGCCGCCGCCGUGGCCACUUUCUCCUGUUCGGUGGCACCAGCAGCCGCCCCGACCUCUGGGGAACAGUUCCUGCUGCCGCUCCGGGCACCGUUCCCAGAGCCCGCGCUCCAGCUGGACCCCGCUCCCCUCUCGGCCACCCUGCGCAGCCUGAAGCGGGCCGCCGCUGGCGAGCGCCGCGCCAAGGCCCCUCCAGGCUGCGUGUCCGGACCCGUGGCUGCGGGAAUCAAGAAGCCAAAGGCCAUGAGGAAGUUGAGUUUUGCAGACGAGGUGACCACAUCCCCCGUCCUGGGCCUGAAGAUCAAGGAGGAGGAGCCGGGAGCGCCGUCCCGGACCCUGGGGGGCAGCCGCACGCCGCUGGGGGAGUUCAUUUGCCAGUUGUGCAAGGAGCAGUACGCGGACCCCUUCGCCCUGGCCCAGCACCGCUGUUCCCGCAUCGUGCGCGUCGAGUACCGCUGCCCCGAGUGCGACAAGGUCUUCAGCUGCCCUGCGAACCUGGCCUCCCAUCGCCGCUGGCACAAGCCGCGUCCCGCAGCGGCCACAGUGUCCGCCGCCGACGGGAAGCCGCCGCCUUCGUCGUCUGCGUCCUCCCCCGGCUCGGGGCCCAUCGCGUCUUUCCUGGCAGAGGGGAAGGAGAACAGUCGGGCAGAACGGACUGUGGAUCAGCACCCGCAGACCAGGGACAGCUCCGGCGACGAUCAGCACCAGGACAGCGCCCCGCGCCAGGGCCUCCAGGUGUUGACGCACCCCGAGCCCCCGCGACCGCAGGCCCCCUACACCGACGGGGUGUUGGGGCGCCGACUGUCUGGGCCGGGCAGUGCCAGUGGUGCUGGGGGAUCCGAGGUCUUCGUGUGUCCGUAUUGCCACAAGAAGUUCCGUCGCCAAGCCUACCUGCGCAAGCACCUGGGCACUCACGAGGCGGGCUCGGCGCGGGCGCUGGGCCCCGGCUUUGGCUCGGAGCGCGGCGCCGCGCUCGCCUUCGCCUGCCCGCUGUGCGGGGCGCACUUCCCGUCCGCCGACGUCCGGGAGAAGCACCGGCUGUGGCACGCCGUCCGCGAGGAGCUGCUGCUGCCCGCCCUGUCGGGGACGCCCGAAGCCCCGGGCCCAGGGGGCGGCUCCGACCCGAGUGCGCAGCAGAUUUUCUCGUGCAAGCACUGCCCGUCCACCUUUUUUAGCUCCCCGGGGCUGACCCGCCACAUCAAUAAGUGCCACCCCUCGGAGAGCCGGCAGGUCCUGCUGCUGCAGAUGCCACUGCGGCCGGGCUGCUGA